AUUCCCAAUUGGAAAUUUCCUGCUGGAGCACUGAUCUGAGAAAUGCCUAAAAAGCUCAAGCUGUUAAAAGCCAAAAGUAGUUCUUUGUAACCUCUAGACAUGAUGAAUUCCAGAGGAAUUCCAGACUGGAGCUGCCCCACAGCCCUUGUGCUGACAGCAAACCUUUAAGCAAACUGUUCGGAAUAUUGAAACCAUUCUGGAGCUCAGUGAUAGGAUGAAAUCUCGCAGGGGCUUCGUCAUCCUGUGCAGGGAGCUGCUUUCACUUUCAAACCUGGGCUGCCUGGCCAGGAAGAAAUUCAGGAUUUUCAGCGUUGUGCCCUCCCUGUGGAUCUGGGGGAUCGCUGCUGUUCCAUAGUGCUGCUCCAAGAAAACGUGGCUGAAGUGGUUGAAGGUGGGAACAGGCUCUGUGUGCUGAGCUUUCCUCUCUCAGCCCUCUCCCAGCACCAGUGCUGGGACCGGGAGCCUCGUCUCCGGGGAUUUGCCGUAACAGCGGAAGCUGCUGCUUGGUCGGAGCAUGUUUGGCCAGGACAUGGUGCAGGGUGAAAAGCACAGAUAAAGACGCUCCCAGCACUCACUCCACAGCCUGUGCCACCCUCCAGAGGACUCCAUGAGGCAGGACACGGGCUGAUGCCCUCAGCUCACCCCGCCAUGGAUGGGGGGAACAGCUUCCCACAGCACCAGCAGCCGGGCGAUGCCAUCCACGGCAUCCCCGGCCUCCGCUCCCAGCUCGCCGUGCCAGACGUGGAGAAUUCCAUGCUGGCCGCCGACUCGUGGAGUAGCUGCUACCCAGUCUCUUUCCCAACCUCAUCUUUCCCAAGUGAAAACCAGCAAUAUUUUAACCCCCCUCAGGACUUUUAUAUGGAUUCCAUCAGCAGACCACAUUUCUUGGAUACAAACUAUGCAACUGUGGACCCCACUGACUUCUUACCAAAAAAUGGGGAUUUUCCUCAGGAUUCUUCUUACCUCGAUGAGCUCUCCAAGAACAACUCCCUGUUCUCGUCCCCCGCGGAUUCGCUCUCGGACAUCGCGGACCCCAAGGAUUUCCUGCCCGCCGACAGCCUGAGCCACGUGCCAACACUCUGGGAUGUCAGCACCCCGCAGCAGAGCCAGAUCGAGCUGUUCUCACCCAGCACACCAUUCCCUGGCCUGAACAGCUCCAGUGACCACGUUCCUGCUGUCCCCAACACCCCUCUCCUCAUCAGCUACCAGUCUCAGGCUCCUGCAGAGGAGGAAGAUGAAGGUGAGGAGGAAGAAACAGAAGAGUUGGGGCAGACAGAGACCUAUGCAGAAUAUAUCCCUUCAAAGUCCAAGAUUGGGAAGCACCAUCCUGACCUGGUGGUUGAGACAAGCACCCUGUCCAGCGUCCCCCCACCUGACAUCACCUACGAGCUUUCCCUGCCCCACUCCGUGGCUGACAAAGGCUCCCUGUCUGCCCUGCAGCUGGAAGCCAUCAUCUAUGCCUGCCAGCAACAUGAAGUUUUACUGCCCAGUGGGCAGCGAGCUGGGUUCCUGAUCGGGGAUGGUGCUGGAGUCGGGAAGGGCAGGACUGUUGCAGGCAUCAUCUUUGAAAAUUAUCUUAAAGGGAGGAAAAAAGCUCUGUGGUUCAGCGUCUCCAACGAUCUCAAGUACGAUGCUGAGAGAGACCUGAAGGACAUCGAGGCCUCCCACAUUCCUGUGCAUGCUCUGAACAAGAUUAAAUACGGUGACACAGCUACCUCAGAAGGAGUCCUCUUUGCCACCUACUCGGCGCUGAUCGGUGAAAGCCAGGCCGGGGGACAGCACAGGACACGCUUAAAACAGAUUUUGGAGUGGUGCAGGGAAAACUUUGAGGGAGUUAUUGUGUUUGAUGAAUGCCACAAAGCCAAAAACGCCAGCUCUACCAAAAUGGGCAAAGCAGUGCUGGACCUGCAGAACAAGCUGCCUCGAGCCAGGGUUGUCUAUGCCAGUGCCACAGGUGCCUCAGAGCCAAAAAACAUGAUUUACAUGAGCCGCCUGGGGAUCUGGGGGGAGGGAACCCCGUUCCGAGCCUUCGAUGAGUUCCUGCACGCCAUUGAGAAGAGGGGAGUCGGCGCCAUGGAGAUCGUGGCCAUGGACAUGAAGGUCAGUGGGAUGUACAUUGCUCGGCAGCUCAGCUUCACUGGGGUGACCUUCAGGAUUGAGGAGAUCCCUCUGGACGAGAAGUACAAGGCUGUCUACGACAAGGCAGCCAAGCUGUGGGCAGAGGCCCUGAUGGUGUUCCAGCAGGCAGCUGACUGCAUCGGGCUGGAGUCUCGGAAGUCGCUGUGGGGUCAGUUCUGGUCGGCUCACCAGCGCUUCUUCAAGUACCUCUGCAUCGCCGCCAAGGUGCGGCGCCUCGUGCAGCUGGCCCAGGAGGAGCUGGACAGGGACAAGUGCAUUGUCAUCGGCCUGCAGUCCACGGGGGAGGCUCGCACCAGGGAGGUUCUGGAUGAGAACGAUGGGCACCUCAACUGCUUUGUCUCUGCUGCAGAAGGCGUCUUUCUAUCACUAAUUCAGAAGCACUUUCCUUCAACCAAAAGAAAGAGAGAAAAAGGAACUGGCAUUAAAAGAAAACGGAGGCCGAGGGGACGCUGCCCCAAGGCUCUGCGGGGCCCCUGUGACCCGGGGGUCGUCAUCAAGAUCAGCGAUGACAGCAGCACUGACUCGGACAUGGGGCUGGACAGCGACCUCACCUCCUCCCCAGAGUCCCUGCUGGAGACAGACGAUGUCAUCUUCGUGGAUCACACCUUUAGUGGCUGCACUGGCGAGGACAGGGGUAGUUUCCACAUGCUGCCUUCCCAGAAAGAGCUGCACGGCCUGAGAGAGCUGAAGGUCGAAAAGAUGAAACAGGACCUCCUAGCAAAAGUGAAAGCACUGGGCAAAGAGCUACCUCUCAACACCCUGGAUGAGCUGAUUGAUUAUUUUGGGGGCCCGGAGAAGGUGGCUGAGAUGACGGGCAGGAAGGGGCGCGUGGUGCGCCGGCGCGACGGCUCCGUCCAGUUCGAGUCCCGCGCCGAGCAGGGGCUCUCCAUUGACCACGUCAACCUGAAGGAGAAGGAGCGUUUCAUGCAGGGGGAGAAGCUCGUAGCGAUAAUCUCAGAGGCCUCCAGCUCAGGGAUCUCUCUCCAAGCAGACAGACGGGUGAAGAACCAGAAGCGCCGGGUGCACAUGACCCUGGAGCUGCCCUGGAGUGCAGACAGGGCCAUCCAGCAGUUUGGCCGAACGCACCGAUCCAACCAGGUCUCUGCCCCCGAGUACGUGUUCCUCAUCUCAGAGCUGGCAGGGGAGAGGAGGUUUGCAUCCAUCGUGGCAAAACGCCUGGAGAGCCUGGGUGCCUUAACUCACGGGGACCGACGGGCCACCGAGUCCCGGGACCUCAGCAAGUACAACUUUGAGAACAAGUACGGGGCCAAAGCCCUGGACAGGGUCCUGUCCACCAUCCUCAGCCACACGGAGAACAGGGUUCCUGUGCCCAGGAGCUACGAGAGAGGGGAGGACGCCUUCUUCCGUGAAAUGAAGCAAGGGCUCAUCUCCGUGGGGAUCUGCUGCAGCCAGAUGAAGUAUGGCACUGUCUCCGUGGAGAAGGACUGCUCCAUCACCAAAUUCCUGAACCGCAUCCUGGGCCUGGAGGUGGACAAGCAGAACAUGCUCUUCCAGUAUUUUUCUGACACCUUUGACUACCUGAUUGAGAAGGACAAGAAGGAGGGCAAAUACGACAUGGGCAUCCUUGAUUUAGCCCCAGGAGUGGAUGAGAUCUACGAGGAGAGCAAGGAGGUUUUCCUGACCCCAGGGCACCCACAGGAUGGGCAGGUUGUGUUCUACAAGAUCAGCGUUGACAGAGGCUUGAAGUGGGAGGAAGCCUAUGAGAAGUCACUCAAACUGACAGGAGCCCUCGAUGGGUUCUACCUCUCCUACAAGGUGCGAGGCAGCAAAUACACCUGUCUGCUGGCAGAGCAGUGCCGUGGGAAGAACUUCAUCCUCUACAAGCCAAAUAUUGGGAAGCAAAGCCAGCCUGAGAGCCUGGACAGCCUGCAGAAGAAAUACAGGCGGGUGCUGCCCGAGGAAGCCAAGGAGCACUGGGAGAGCAGCUACCACUUCUCCUUGAAGAACUGUAACCAUGCUGUGUGGAACAAGAGCUGCAAGCUGAUCCAGGAGGGGAAGGAAUGCUUCCAGGGCAUGCGCCUGAGGCACUAUUACAUGCUGUGUGGGGCCCUGCUGCGCGUGUGGAGCAGGAUUGCUGGAGUCAUGGCAGACAUCACCAGCAGCAGCUACCUGCAGAUCGUGCGCCUCAAGACCAAGGAGAAGAAGAAACAAGUUGGGAUAAAGAUCCCGGAGAGCUGCGUGCACAGGGUGAGGGAGGAGCUGAAGCAGAUGGACGAGGAUGUGAAGAGGAAGCACAGCAGGCUGCAGCAGGCCCAGGAGCAGAGCUCACCCUUCUCCCUGCCACUGCACAUGCUGCCAGGGCCUGGGCUGCCCCUGCCCUCCCUGUGCCAGGACGAGAUCCUGGACUUGACCUACAGCCCUCCCAGCAACAGCAUUCCUGAUGUGGUGUUGAACCCUGAGACCAGAGCACUCUGCUUCUCCUCAGAGCCCUCCCUGCAGCCCCAGCCCCAGCCCCAGCCCAGGUUGCCCUGUGGCUUUGGCCUUGCUCCUGGCCUGGAGGGCAGCACAGCCCCUGGCCCCUCGCUGCACGAGCCCCCUGCCCUGCCCCCCCUGCAGCAGCCACAGGAGGAUUUUCUCCAGCAAGACGGGAAUAUCAAUUUUAGAGAGAUCCUGGAGGACAUGCUGAGGACAUUCAAUGGGCCCUCCCAGGAGAACCUGCUCCCCCCAGAACGCCAGAGUGUGAUCCAGUUCAGUGGGCCUUUCCCAGACUUCUGAGUGCCAGCUGGGAAUGCUGCUGUGGAUCCGUGUCCUCUGGUGCAGAGGUGAGAGUUGAGGAGCCCUGACUUUUCUCCUGGUUUCCACUGACCCCGCUCUGGUUUUGAGGGAAGAAAAAGCCUGCAGUUCCUUAAAGGGAAUUUUAUUUAUAUAUGAUAUUCAGUCAGGCAUGUACAGGUUUGUAUGGAACGUGCCCAGGGGAGCUGAGCGGGUCCUGCUGGGGCGAGUCCUGCUCACAGGUCAGUGCCCAGGUGGGAUUGAAGGGAGACCCCUCCUCUGCCCACCCCUGCAGACUACUGAGUGUCCAAGCCUUCCCUGGCCCUCCAGCCCAGCAGGGCCACGGCCAGGCUCUGGAAUGACCCACUGACCACGUGCUGGUCAGUUAGGGAAGGGUGGGAGCCCAGCCCCCAGCUUGGGCUGCCCCAGCACUGCUGCAGACCCUGAGGCUGUGCUGGCAGGCUGGGGUGAAAGGGAAGGGAAUGUUGUCCCAGAGGAGCUGGGAGAUGCUGAGCUCAGGUGUCCUCUGGCAGGUCUGAGCAGGUGUAGUGAGAGAUCCAAAACUGUCUGUGCUGCCCUUCCCAGGAAGGGACCUUGGGCUGCCUGAGCUCCGUGGCAGGGGUGAGAGCUGGCUGCACCCCCACGGUGACAGAGCUUGAGUCUGUCAGAGCUCAGCCACCCAGGACCAGCAGGAUUCCCCAGAGCAGAAGGGACACAUGUCCCCUGUCCUGCACUUUAACCUCACCAGGUCGCCGUGACCAGACGUGCUUUGGCCAGUUUCCUGCUGUCACAUGUUGUCCCUUCACCUGGACAUCCCGCUGGUCCUGCCACUGUCCUUGGCCAGGCCAUGGACCCCAGUCCAAGGGUCUGGGUCAGGGCAGCCCAGCCAAGCUGUGCAGUGUCAUUGUCACUGUUUAGGGUGUGCAGUGUCACUGUCACCACCCAGGAUUUGCAGUUUGGCUGUUCUGCUGCAAACUGAUACCAAAGAACAAAGGCUGCUUUGCAAAGCACUGCCCCACCCCCUGCAGCCUCCUCCCCAGACAGAGGGCAUCCAGCCGUUCCCUAAAAAUGGCAGGGACCAUCCCUGGCUGACGUGGCCCUUGCUCAGAGAGCCCCUCUGUGCCCUAACAGGGCAGUCUUGAGGGGGCUGGAGCUUCACAGUGCCUGGUGGUGUCACCCCCAUGUCCCCCAGGGCUCAGGGACUGGCCCAGUGCCCUGUUUGGUGUUGGGAAUCACUCUGGGUCUGUGGAGCUUUGUGCUCUGGCUGUGGCAGGAGCUGACCCCUGACACCUCAGGUCACACCUGCCCUGGUGCCACACAAGUGGGCUCAGUUUGAGACCACUCUGGUCCCUGAAUUUCGUUUUGGGGGCCUGUCCUUACCCCCCCUCCCCAGCUGGCACCUGCCUCUGAGCACCAGGCCAGGCUCAAUCCCUGAAACUGGGGGCACAUUUCACCUCCUUACCUCAAAGUGAUCACCAAAGAUGGGGGAGCCCCCUGUGCCCCCCAAAGCCCUGCUGCUGUCCCCCAGCUCUGCUCCUCUCAACCCCAGCAGCCUCCCCCAGGCCCAGGCAGAGCCAGGCUCCCCCUUCUCCACACCCUCCCCUAUUUAAAGCACUGCUCGCUUGGGGCUGAAUUCUCAGCAAUGAGGGAAAAGGACGCCGGGAAAACCCAGCUCAAAGAGGUUUAAACUCAGGAAUAGUGAGGGGGAAUUCCCUGCUGGGCACCCUCUGCUGUCACCAGAGCCUUACCUGGUGGCUUUGACCUUAAUUUUAAAAUAUAUGCAAUCCUCCCUCCCUAGUCUCUGCAAAGACAGAGCACCUUCAAGAAAUCCCUUCCCUGCCCCGAUCCUGUGUUUUGUCAGGGUUAAUAAUAUGUAAUGUUAUCUUUUAACUAAAUUAUUCUGCCGUUGUCCUACUGAUUGUAUUUUUAAUGAGUCCCUGUUUUCUUCCCUGACACCUUUGUGUUGGCACUUUUUAAUCUGCUUGUCGUUUACCUUUUGUUUCUAUGUAUAUUUAUAAUUAAGUUGUACAUAUGUAAAGAGAUUUUUUUAGAAUAUGUGCCUUGGACUAAUAAUUUCUGAAUUUUCUACUUGCCUUGAAAAAAAUAAUUUUUCAUUCUGCUCAGUAAAAAUGGAACAGAAGUCACAUGUGAGAUUUCUGUAACUCCCA